AUGAGUUCUCCUAAACUAUGUACCGUGGACGAGUCUGCCGAUUUACGUUUUAUCCAGAAAACGUUUACAUUUGAUAACAGCGAUGGCACGCAGCCGUUGAUAGUGUCUGUUCCAGAGGUUCUGGGAACGCAGUACGGGAUGCACGUGUGGCCGUGUGCAGUGGUUUUGGCACAGUAUGUGUGGAACACGAGAGAGACAAUACAGAGAAAACACGUGCUCGAGCUAGGUGCUGGGGUAAGUUUGCCAGGUAUUGUGGCUGCGAAAUGCGGAGCUCAUGUGACUCUGUCAGACAGUGCUGAAAGUCCUUUGUGCCUGAAAAACAGCCGGCGCUGCUGUGAGCUGAAUGAUCUGCCUGAAGUGCCUGUCGUGGGUCUCACCUGGGGAGAGAUAUCACCAGCGCUGAGGUCUCUACCACCUAUAGACAUUAUACUGGGAUCAGAUGUUUUCUAUGAACCUCAAGAUUUUGAAGAUGUAUUUGUAACACUUUCCUUUCUUCUAAGACGAAACCCUUUUGGUCAGUUCUGGACCUCAUUUCAGGAAAGAAGCUCGGACUGGUCUAUGGAAGCUUUGCUGAACAAAUGGAACCUGCAGUGCACUGAUAUCCCACUGGAUACAUUCCAUGCAAACAAAAAGCAUCUAGCUGGGUCAUCUCUGCCUGGAAAUCAUUCAAUACAAAUGAUGAUUGUAACAGCAAGGACAAAUACGUAAUGAUAUUUUUACAUGUAACCAAAAUGUUGGUUGAAAUAAUAAACCGUUUUGUUUAACUAUAUAUACAGCAGUCGAGGCAGCACAGUGGCAUAAUGGUAAGGUCUAUGGCCUCACACCUCCACGGUCGAGGGUUGGUUUCUAGCCUUGCGUCUGUGUGCAUGUAAUUCUACCCUACUUGGUGUGUUUCCUCUGGGUACUCUAGAGGAAUAGAAAAUAUAUAGUACUAGAUGUGCCUGCGACUUUGUUCGCACAAUCAAUAAUUGUACAAUCAAAAGCACACUUUUAAAAAUAGUACGACGCCAUCUGUUGAAUUUCGGAAUGAAUGGAACCAGUGAGCAGUAAAGUGUGCGGAAUGAAGGUGUGAGAUUGCUUUUAUUAAGUUUACAUAAUGUUUAGGCAUAAUGUAUCCC